UUUGAACUAGGGAGGGCUAACUAGCCGGGAGGAGCCACAGCCAUAAAAGCUGCGUGCAGGCACAGGGGACCUGUUGCUCUCCGACCCGCGCGGCGCGAUGUGGCUCACGCUGGUGUUGCUGGCGGUCCUCCUGCUGGCUGGCCUCCGCAGAGUUUACCGGGGGCUGUUCGGCGGGCGCUCCCCGAACCCCUUCUCCGAGGACGUCAAGCGGCCACCAGCUCCCCUCGUGACCGACAAGCAGGCCAGGAAGAAGGUUCUCAAACAAGAUUUCUCAGUCAGCCAAGUGCCAGAGAAGCUCGAUGUGGUGGUGAUUGGGAGUGGCAUUGGAGGCCUGGCUGCAGCAGCGAUUCUGGCUAAAGCUGGCAAACGAGUCCUGGUGCUGGAACAGCAUAACAAGGCAGGGGGCUGUUGUCACACCUUUGGAAAAAAUGGCCUUGAAUUUGACACAGGAAUCCAUUAUAUUGGGCGCAUGAAGGAGGGCAACCUUGGCCGGUUUAUCUUGGACCAGAUCACAGAAGGGCAGCUGGACUGGGCCCUGCUCGGCUCCCCUUUCGACAUGAUGGUGCUCGAAGGGCCUGAGGGCCGGAAGGAGUUCCCCAUGUACAGUGGGAAGACAGCGUACAUUCGAGGCCUCAAGGAGAAGUUUCCCCAGGAGGAAGCUGUUAUUGACAAGUACAUGCACCUGGUCGAGGUAGUGGCCCAUGGAGCCAUCCACGCCGUCUUCCUGAAGUUCCUCCCGCUGCCCCUGGCUCGGCUCCUGAGCAGGUGUGGGCUACUGAUGCGCUUCUCUCCGUUCCUUCGCGCGUCCACACAGAGCCUGGCUGAGGUCCUGCGGCAACUUGGGGCCUCUGCCGAGCUCCAGGCCGUGCUCAGCUACAUCUUCCCCACUUAUGGCGUGACCCCCAGCCACUCCACCUUUGCCAUGCAUGCCGUGCUGGUUAACCACUACAUCCAAGGCGCCUACUACCCCCGAGGGGGUUCCAGCGAGAUUGCCUUCCACACCAUCCCUGUGAUUCAGCGGGCCGGGGGCGCAGUCCUCACGAAGGCCACUGUGCAGAGCGUGCUGCUGGACUCAGCUGGCAAAGCCUGUGGAGUCACUGUGAAGAAGGGACAGGAGCUGGUGAACAUCUACUGCCCCGUGGUGGUCUCCAGCGCAGGCCUGUUCAACACCUACGAGCGCUUGCUGCCCGAGAGUGCCCGCUGCCUGCCAGGCGUGAAGCAGCAGCUGGGGAUGGUGCGGCCCGGACUGGCGACGCUGUCCGUCUUCAUCUGCCUGCGCGGCACCAAGGAGGACUUGGGUCUGCAGUCUACCAACUACUAUGUGUACUUUGACAUGGACAUGGACAAAGCGAUGGAGCGCUACACCUCCAUGCCCAGGGAGAAGGCCGUGGAACACAUCCCCUUUGUCUUCAUUGCCUCCCCAUCCACCAAGGACCCGACGUGGGAGGACCGCUUCCCAGAUCGGUCCACGAUGAUCGUGCUGUUGCCCAUGGCCUUUGAGUGGUUUGAAGAGUGGCAGGAGGACCCGAAGGGAAAGCGGGGCACCGACUAUGAGACACUCAAAAAUUCCUUUAUUGAAGCCUCUAUGUCGGUGGUCAUGAAACUCUUCCCACAGCUGGAGGGGAAGGUGGAGAGUGUGAUCGGAGGCUCCCCACUGACCAACCAGUUCUAUCUGGCUGCUCCCCGAGGCGCCACCUACGGGGCUGACCAUGACCUGAGCCGCCUGCACCCGCGUGCGAUGGCCUUGAUGAGGGCCCAGAGCCCCGUCCCCAACCUCUACCUGUCAGGCCAGGACAUCUUCACCUGUGGGCUGCUCGGGGCCCUGCAAGGGGCCUUGCUGUGCAGCAGUGCCAUCCUGAAGCGGAACUUGUACUCGGACCUCAAGGAUCUUGGCUCCAGGAUCCAGGCGCAGAAGAAGCAGCAGUAGUUUGGCUAGGGAUCAGAGAAAUCAGCACCUCCCGACUCACCCAUACCGCUUUUCUGAAUUUCACUGGCCUAGAAUUCACUUUGCAGCCCAGGCUGGCCUCGAACUUGCAGCAAUCCUCCUGCCUCAGCCUCCUGAGUGCUAGGAUUACAGGUGUGCGCCACCAUGCCCGGCUUGAUUUGUUUCUGAUUUAGGCUAUCAAUCAGUGUUUAGCUGUACCUCUUGCAGCUGAACAAAUGAUCUUUAUACUGUUCACACACGCUCUUCUGGGCUGCUGCUCUGCACACCCACGAUGGCCUGUCCUAAGUGCACUCUGGCUCCUCUCCUGUACCGCCUCGCUCUGGACAAUCAAAGUGCAGGUUCUAGGGGUCAGUGUAUAGAAGCUCGCAAAGUGCUGGCUGGCGGAAGCAGGUUGGUCCAGUCCUGCGGUGAGGUGUUUCCUCCUGUUUACUCUCCAUGCUGUGCUGGAUUCUACACUGUCACAUGAGCGGGUGGUACCUAGUUCCCAAUGUGCUGAUGCCAAGAUGCCCUCGGCCCUGUCCUCUGGGUUACACAGGGAAGGGCAGUGUCAGCAGUCAGGACAGACUGGCCUGAAGGAGUGUUCCAGAUCCAGGGCAUAGAGGAUACUGCUGAAGUGACAGUGUCAGGACAUCAGCCCAGACGUCCCCUGCCUGGCUGGGAGGAGGGCUGGGGUGAGGAGUCAGGACCAGAACACAGAAAGCCACCCACGUGUGGCAUCUGCAGUUUGCUGGUACAUAUGCAGGUUAAGCAUCCCUUUUCCACAGUGCUUGGGAAGGGAAUUUCUGAUUCAAGUUUUGGAAUAUGUGUAUAUACACAAUGAGAUAUCUUGGGGACAGGACCCAGGUCCAAACACAUCAUUCAUUCUGUUUCAUAUAUACCUUCCUGAAGUAAUUUUAAACAGUACUUAGCUGGGCAUGGUGACACACUCCUGAAAUCUCAGC